AUGCUCUCCCUCCACGUUCGACUCGCUGGGAUCGCGUCGAUCCUCGCCACAGGCGUGGCGUCGCAACAGAUUUGGGAUAUUUGGCAAACGACGUGGGAUCGAAGCAGGCUCUUUACGUCCGUCGGCCCUCCUGCUCCCAUCAACUUUGUCCAGCCUGGUCCGAUAGGAGAGGCCAACAUUGUCGUGGACGAUGGUGCGCGGUUCCAGGAGAUGCUUGGAUUUGGUGCUUCUCUCACGGAUUCGUCGGCCACUGUCCUCAAUAAUCUCAAGGUUCGACUGCUCAACCGCAAUUCUGGAAACUAUUGGAAUGUUAUGAGGACUAUGUUUAACCCCGAUUCGGCCGGAUUGAACUAUAUUCGCGUUCCCAUCGGUGCAUCCGAUUUCUCAGCUAGCUCCUACAGUCUGAACGACGUCAGCGGGGACACUUCCAUGUCCCGCUUUGACAUGGGCAAGGUCCCUUCCCAAGUCAUCUCGGUUCUUCGUGACAUCCAAGGAAUGAACAAUCAGCUCAAGGUCCACCUGGUAGCCUGGUCCCCGCCUGGUUGGAUGAAGUCGGGCGGAUCCAUGAAUGGCGGGAGCUUGUUGCCGCAGUACAGUGAUGCCUACGCCCUCUAUUUACUGAAAUCAGUCCAAGGAUUCCGAGCUCAGGGAUUCCCUGUUCACGCGGUGUCGGUACAGAACGAGCCUCAACACACGAACCCGACCUACCCAACGUGUUCGAUGACACCUGACGUCGAGGCGAGGAUUGCUGUCAAGCUACGAUCGCUGUUGGACUCGAGCGGUCUCGGACAAGUGAAGGUCGUUGGCUAUGACCACAAUUGGAACAACGCAAAUAGCUACCCUGUGGACCUGGUCACUCAAGCGGGUGACGCUGUUUCGGGCGUCGCUUUCCACUGUUACGAAGGGCCGGUGUCUAACCAGGCCUCGUUCCAGCGAAGGUUCCCUAAUAAAGAUAUUUACUUCACUGAGUGCACGGGAACUUAUGGUUCGGACUGGUGGUCGGACAUCAAGUGGUACAUGGACAAUUUGUGGAUCGGAAGUGUCGAACGUUUCUCGCGUACGGGCUUGAUGUGGAACAUCGCGCUGGAUGGCGCUGGUAAUCCCAAGCUGCCUGGCACCACGAGCUGCGGCGGGCCUGGCUGCCGACCCCUCGUCACAGUGAACAACGACGGCAGCUAUACCUUCAAUCAAGAAUUUUACGCAAUGGCGCAAGCUUCGAAAGCUGUGACGCCAAAGGACCCUAACGGCCCAUUUGGCCAGCGCAUUGGCGUAUCUGUGGAGGGCUCGAAGGGGUGGGCGUUGAGAGCUACAGCGUUUGCCACUCGUCGAAGCUCGCCCGGUGAAUGGACGCGUUAUUCAAUGGUCGUUUUGAAUUGGGAUGACAGCGCCAACUCUGGCUGGAACCCCAAGCCGGUACGGGCCACGAUUAGCUUCCGAGGGAUGCAGGCCACAUACGUUUUCCCGGUGGGUGUCACCACGCUCUGGUGGUACGCUCCUGGUUAA